GCGUGCGCGGAUGAAACCGACUUGACAAUCCAAGAACGUGGGAAAGAAAUCAGUGCUGAAGAAGCACGAAGAUGGCGAGAACAGCUGAUAUGGCGCGAUUUGAAGAGAAUGGAUUGGAAGAACCCAACUAUGAGGAAUCAGUUUCAUGGGAUGAUCUGGAGAGAGACGCUGCUAGUAAGGCUGGUGGAUCGUCUGAAAGAUUGCAGGCCAGGAGACCUCACCAGCAAGACUCCUCUAGAAAAGGUGACGAAUCGCCUGGAGAAUUGUACGAACUGUGGAGGCAAGAACAGAACAGUAUAGCCGCAAGACUAGACAAAGAGCUUAAGUCCAGGUGGGAACUUGACGAACUGAUUGAAGAACAGCUGAGCAGAUACCAGUCCCAUUACUACAAGGCCAUGGUUUCAACGUCCUUACAGGAUGUCUCUAACCUCCUCAUGCCAAUGUGGCUACCGCCUCAUGAGCUUGCUGCCGUGUCCUGGCUUGGAGACUGGCGUCCCACUUCCAUUCUUGACCUUCUCCGCAUUUUGGCCGCUCACAACCCCUCUUUCUCUCUGUCUGAGUCGAGUGAACGUGUCCUCUCUCAGCUUCUCCGUGAGAUACGCAUUGAAGAGGCCGUGAUCGAUGAGGAGUAUGCAGAAAUUCAGGCCACUUGUGUUCUGCACCUUCCCUUUUCACCGCUCUGUAAUGUUCAGUCGCAUGAAGAAGCUCUGCGUUCUGUGCAGAAGCUGUUUGGGAAUAUCCAUAAAGUCAUCUCAAAGGCACAACGACUCAGGUAUAAAGUGUUGGAGUUGGUGAUGAAGAAGCUGCUGAAUCAAACAGAUACAGCCGAGUUCGUGGUCGCAUUUGCAGGGAUUCAAGACGCCAUCCACCAGUUUGGAGAGCAGAAGAAGCUAAAAAAGCUUUACCCGGCAGUUCCUCUGAAGGGAUUAGGAUCAUCCAGUUGAGAGCUAUGUAGGAACGAACACAGUUAAGUCUCGAGAGUAAAACUAAAACCUGUGAUGCUGGAUCUGCCUGCUGCUCACUACAUUCUUGGAAAUUCUGUGUUUUCAUUAACUCAUAUAGUCCAGUUACAUUAGUCGGAAAUCCGAAACUAACCUGGUGACCAUUAUGUCCUUUGGAGUCAUUGGUAUUUGUAAAUACGUCAGUCUUAAGUAAGAAGAACGAUAUUG